AUGCAAGAGCGGGCAGGCCCUGCCCUGCGGUCGCGGGGCGAGCUCCCCCUCUCCGGGCACGGAGCAGCUCGUCCUCCCCGGGCAGCUGCUUUCCGGGCAUGCUUAGAAAAAUUAAUUGGCUUCCUAAUUAGCGUCUUAACCGACUCGCUCAGUGGCAGCUCACGUGGUGCCUCUUUUGUGAGCCAGGUUCAUUCGUCUGACUCUCCCCUUCCAGAGUCCGAUGUGCCGGCGGAGCUGCGAGUUGCAAACGGGUCGCAAAAGUUCGUGAAGUUCACUUCGACCAUCCAAAACCAGCUGCUGCUUGUGUCGCUGCUGGAGCAUCUCUGCCACAUGUACACGCACAACCCCGUCCAUUCGAGGUGUUUGUUCCGAAUACUUCGGCAGGCUUUCACAAGAACAGGGCUGCUCUCUCCUUUUGCCUUCUGUGAUGAAUUUAGUACUGUAAGACUGCAGCACAAUAGAGCCAUUACUGAGCUGAUGAAAGCAGCUAAUCAACAAAUACUUAAUGGGGAACUGGAUAACAGAGAGCUUCAUGCAAUUGGGGAAAAAGAAGUUCACUUUGAAGCACAGACUUCACGAUACUUGAAUGAAUUUGAUGAGGUUGCAAGGCUGGGAAAAGGAGGAUAUGGCAAAGUAUACAAGGUCAAAAACAAGUUAGAUGGUCAGUUCUAUGCUAUUAAAAAAAUUAAAAUUAAGAAGGCUACAAGAAGAGAUUGCAUGAAGGUGCUACGAGAAGUUAAAGUGCUGGCUGGGCUGCAGCAUCCCAAUAUUGUAGGCUACCACACUGCUUGGAUGGAACAAGUCCAAACAGUACAUCCAAAAGCUAAAACAAUAAUGGAGUUGGUGCCGUUAUCCUUGGAGCAAGAGAGUAGCAAUGAUCACUGUCACAUUCAGAGUGUGGAAAGUGACGGUUCAAUAAUCUUUGCUGACCUUACUUCACAAGAAGAGAAGCCCUGUGACAGUACCAGUCUCAGAAAUCUGGGGAGCGAAUCGGUGCAAAAUAUAGACGAAAGGAAUGAUUUUACAAAGAGCAACAGUAAAGAGUCUGUGAAACCAAAGAAAUGUGACUUUUCCAUAGAAUUACCAGAGGACUCUGUAAAUAAUGUUAGCAGUAUGUCAAGUGAUGUGAAAAAUCAUUCCACACGGGGACCUCAUUCCAGUGUGGAUCAAGACGCUGGCACGGAAAAUCAGUCCUGCACUGAGGAAUGCUCCAAGAAUGAUGUGGCUCUCUGUGGAGAGUUUGAGGUGGAGUAUCAUUUGAUGCUUUAUAUACAAAUGCAGUUGUGUGAACUGUCCUUGUGGGAUUGGAUUGUUGACCGUAAUAAAAGAUGCAACAAGAGAACAGAGGAAAAUUCCAGUCCAUACCAGCUCGUGGAUGUCCCCUGGACAAUGAAAAUUUUUCAACAGUUAGUAGAAGGAGUUUGCUACAUCCACAGCAUGGGGGUGAUGCAUCGAGACAUUAAACCCAGAAAUAUCUUUCUACAUGGAUCAGAUCAUCAGGUAAAAAUAGGUGACUUUGGAUUAGCCUGCAGAGACCUCCUUUGGGAUGAUGCAGACCAGUGGUUUCAGACAGAAAGGGUAAAUGGACUGACACACACUUCAGGAGUGGGGACUUGCCUCUAUGCCUCACCAGAACAACUGCAGGGAUCUCACUAUGAUUUCAAGUCAGACAUGUACAGCAUGGGUGUUAUCCUGCUAGAACUCUUCCAGCCAUUUGGAACAGAAAUGGAAAGAACAGUUGUUCUUACACAUUUAAGGACUGGCCAAAUUCCUCAGACUUUCUCCAAGCAGUGGCCCACUCAAGCCAAGUAUGUGGAACUCCUCACCAGUCAGAGCUCCACAGACAGACCAACUGCUGCUCAGCUUCGGGACAGCGAACUGUUCCACACCACAGAUCAUGUUAUUUCUAACCUACAACAGAAGGUGCGACAGCAAGAGGAAGAAAUAGAGAAGCUGAGGGAGAGAAUAAGACUCCUUUCUGAAGAGCAAGAUGAACACAUGAGACUAGGCUCUCCUGUUUGAGUACAGGAAGAACUAAUCUAUUGUAUAUUGCUAAGUUAAAUAAAAUGUUUCUUUUUUACAUAAAAUAUUUCAAUGCAUUUUCA